ACUUGUACUUGUACACAGCGCUUUAGCAGCGCAACAACUGGCGCUAAUCAUCACAGUGCAGUGAAAUGUGAUAGCAGCAGGCUAAUUGAUAAAUUUCGCAUCGAUUUCCUGUACUAAAAGUAAAUAUUCCAAUAAUAUUACUCGAUUUACCUAGUGACAUAUUAUUUAAAAUAUUCCCCGUUCGAUAUAUUACGUAUUUUUCUACGAUCAGUGAUUGUUUCAUCGGUGACCCUAUCUCUCGAUGUUGUCGGGUGUUUUUACUGAAAAAUGUUAUAGUUACGUGUGAGUUGUGUGUUUACUUUCAUUCAUGUCGCUGCGAAUAAAGUUCAACCAAAGUCUCAGUAUCGUGUGAAAUAGAAAUAUAUACUCCUCGAAUCAUGUCUUCGUUAUCUCUUCCUCGAGUUCUACCUCAAAGGAAAACCAGCCUGGAGUUGGAGAGAGAAAAUUUCGAGAAAUUUCAAGCUGCCAGUAUUAGUAAAGCGAUUAAUAAUGCCGAGAGUCCUGUUAAAGAGAAACACGUCAGAAUCGCCAUCAUGGGCACAUUUCGAGACAAAAGUCCCGAAUUGUUCUGGCAAUGCGUGAUGAAGCUACCCCUGCAAGAGAACAGAAUCGCAGCUUGGAAAUUCUGCCAUGUCCUGCAUAAAGUUCUACGUGACGGUCAUCCGAACACCAUACCUUAUUCUCACAGGCAUAAAAAUAAAAUAGUCGACUUGGGUAAACUAUGGUGCCACUUGAAAGAAGGAUAUGGUAAAUUAAUCCAUCAAUAUUGUCAACUUUUGCUGGUCAAAUUAGACUUCCAUCAGAAAAAUCCCGGUUUCCCGGGCAACCUGCUCGUAUCUAGCGAAGAUUUGGAGAAAAUCAGCGAGAAUGAUAUAAAUAAUUAUUUCCAAAUGGCUGUUGAAAUGUUCGACUACAUGGAUGAGAUUUUAUCGUUACAAGAAUCGAUUUUUGGCUCGUUGGAUAUGUCACGUUCGAAUUCGAUGACCAGUAGCGGUCAAUGCAGGCUGGCUCCGUUGAUACAAUGUAUUCAAGAUUCUUCUCAACUGUACGAUUACUGUGUGAAAAUAUUAUUCAAGCUGCACGCGCAAUUACCACCAGAUGUUCUGUCUGGACACAGGACAAGGUUCCUCAAACAGUUCCAACGACUCAGGCAUUUCUACCUGUCGUCGUCCAAUCUACAAUAUUUCAAAAAUCUUAUCCAAAUACCGCUAUUGCCCGAAAACCCACCUAAUAUACUGGUACAGGCUGAAUUACGUACAUAUGUCACACCUGUUGUUAUUCUGCCGCAAGAAGAACCAGAUGCGUCGCAAAUAGCCAACGAUUUGGUAGACGUUUCCAGCGAAUCUAGUCAAAAUUGCAGUCGAUCCAUGUCACCCGAUGUUAUUGCUCAAAGGGAUCAGCUAAUCGAACAUUUACAAGGCGAAUUAAGCAGUACUCAAACAAUGAUAUUGCAGUUGAAACGUAGAAUAAUCUCGCUCGAAGAACAGCUAUCGGAAAAGGAAGAACAAAUGUCAAAAUUACACGCCGAAAUCGUAUCGUUAACCUCACAAUUAGAAGAAAUAUCCAAAGCAGCCGAUUCCGAAGAAAAAGCGAAAAUACUCGAAGAAAAAUUCAACAAAUUGAAAGAAGUUUAUAGCAAAUUAAGAGAAGAACACAUUCAAUUGAUACGACAGAAAGCAGGUAUCGAAAAAGAACUGAAAGGUAGCGACAAAAUGACCAAAUUUGCAAGAGCGGCCAAUAAAUUAAUCCAUUCAAUUAAAGCCGAUGUUGAUAAACAAUUAGCCAAUGUGAAAAAUAUCGAUGUGGAAAUCGCCGAAAGAACCAAACUCGAAGAAGAGCUCGCCACGUUGCAAGCUACAGCUGAUGCUGCUACCGAACAAAAUGAAGAAUUAAUGUGUAAAAUGGAAUGGACCGUGAAAGAAAAAUCACUCCUGGAGAGUAAACUACAAGAAUCGACGAAUGUAAAAAAUGAAUUGAAUAAUAAAUUGAUACAGGCCGAGUUCCAUAAUUCAAAUCAACGAAAUCAAACCUACGAACGCUGCAAAGAAAUACUCGAUCAAGUUAUUUUUGCUAUGAGUGAUCACACAUUCAAUUCGGUUACAUGUUCUCCAGAUGAUUUAGAUACAUCGAAAGAAAAGUUCAUCGUUUUAUUGGAUAGAAAAGAAAAGGAUCCGAUUGUUAUUUUACAUAAUACGGUGACGUUCAUGCUUUUGGGUAAAGCUACAUCGAACACGAUACCAGAUUUAGAGAAAGGAGAAAAAAUGAUCGCCAACUUGAAGAAAAUCGGACUCGAAUGCAGAACGAUGAUAGACUUUUUACAAAAAAAUGAAUCAAAUUCCGUCAACUACGACGAUUCGCAACUACGAGACAUUGUUUUCGACCUAUCCAAGCUGUACGGAUCAGCGAUGAAUGGUAAUUCCAUAGAAGCAUUGAGCGAUUCGGUUGAAAACGAGUUAACCAUCAUGGAUAAAGCUAUCGAGGAAGCUGCUAAUAGAAUCGAGGAAAUGCUUAAAGAAUCUAAAGUAGCCGAUUCCGGUAUCAAAUUAGAGGUGAAUGGUAAAAUCCUCGAUUCCUGUACUACUCUGAUGAAAGCUAUUCGAAUAUUGGUUCAGAAAUCGAGAAUCCUUCAAGCCGAAAUCGUCGCUGCAGGAAACCCGAAUAAUCGUUUAUCAGCCAAAGAGUUCUAUAAACGUAAUCACCAAUGGACGGAAGGAUUAAUUUCAGCUGCUAAAGCUGUCGGAAUGGGUGCUAAAUAUUUAUUAACGGCUGCAGAUGACGUCGUUAGUGGAAAUGGUAAAUUAGAACGUUUAAUCGUCGCUGCCCAAGGAGUAGCUGCCAGCACAGCCCAUCUAGUGGUAGCCAGUCGUGUAAAAGCUGACCGAAAUAGUUCUAAUUUGAUCGCUUUAUCAACUGCUUCGAAAGACGUUACCAAUGCUACCGGAAAUGUUGUAGCUACGGUCAAAUCUUGCGGACAACUCGUCGAAGAAUCUGAAGAUCUAGAUUUCUCCGGACUAUCGCUCCAUCAAGCCAAACGAUUAGAAAUGGAUUCGCAAGUACGAGUUUUAGAAUUAGAAGCUGGUCUAGAAAAAGAACGAUUAAAACUGGCUGCGCUGAGACGAUAUCAUUAUCAAUUAUCUGGUGAUUUAGAACAAAGUUAACCUUUUUAAUCAUACCUAUUACGUGUGUUGAAUUUUAUUAUCAUUUUGUUUUUUUGUAAUUUUUUUUACCGCAUUUUAAAAAUAAUUUUUCAAAGCAUUUAUUAGCUUCCUUUGUUUGAUCAACGCUGCGCGUUUAUGAUACGAUUGUAAAGUAUGUAUUCUGUAUACUAAAUCGCAUUGGAAAAUAUUCCAUACCUAUGUUUAAAAAAUUAAUCCAAAAUUAACUACCUACUUAAAAAAAAACAAAAGCUAGCAAUUUAUUUACUUUUUUAAAUCGAUGUUAUUUAUUUUAUUAUGCUAAUGAUGUACCUAGUAUAAUUAUUGUCCGCGUAUGUACGAAAUCCCCCACUAUAUGAACUAACGCUUGUAAUUUUAGUUACCUUUUAAAAAAAAAUUGUAAAAAGUAUUCGAUCAUGAUUCGUGUGUGUGUGUGUUCUGCUGCUGUGCAGUCGCCUUUAUUUAUUUAUAGUAUUAGUCACGUAGAGUAUUAUUAUUAUUUUCUUUUUUUGGUCAACUCAUUGAUACACAACUUUGAAAGUAUCCGUCGUAUCCGCCCUUAUUUGAAACAGCGUAAACGAAUUUUAAUGUGAUUUUUUUGUAUUCCAUUCUUUUUAAUUAUUUUAUUUAUUUUUUUUGUUCGAACUUCCCACGAAAAUUUCCCAAUUGUAUUAUAGGUUAUUUUUUUUUGUAAUGUUUUAAAAAAAAUGCCUACCGAUAAAAAUGAGAAGUUUUAAUUUACAUGUAUUUCAAACGCAAUCGCGUCCAUAGCUAUGGUUUGAUGAAUUUCCGCUGCAAAAAUAUUGCAUAUAUUAUUUUGUACGAUUCUGUGAUGUAAGAAAUUUGUAUUAUUUUGUUUUUAAAAACAUUAUUCGCAAAUCAGUUCCUCAUUUUUUCGAGUGUUUGAUUUUUUCAAACGCUACCAUUUUUUGAAUGUGUUCUGUGUUCGGUGAUGAUGAUGAUUGAUGAUUGAUGAUGACAGUGUCUGUAGAUCAACGGUGCAGCGUUAAGACUGAAUUUUUACACUUUUGUAAUUCCAAACGCGCGCAUUUAUGUAGUAAAAAAAUUCGCAGGUAAAUGUCAAUUACGACGAAUUUACUUUAUUUUUUUUUACGAGUGAUUUCUAUCGUGUCGAGAUAUAUAUUAUAUUGACAUUUGUAAUUUAUUAUCGAUGAAAAUAUCAUUAUUAUUGUAUGUGCUUAAAAAGUAAUUACAUGUAUUAUUAAUCUGA